AGUGUGGUGUUGUUAUUUUUGUGGAAGUAUUUUUUGUUUUGAAAAAAUUAAAUAGCACAUAUAUUUCCAAUAAAAAAAAUAAUACUCCCAUCAUUCUUAAAUAAUUUAUAUUUUUAUUAAGAACAACAUUAAUUAUAUAUUAAGUUGACUAAAUUAUUCUUAUUUAUUAGUAUUUUUUCUAUUUAAUAGUCUACACUAUAUUAAGUGUUUAGCAAUGAGGGAGGAAUAAUAUGUGAAAAAUAAUUUAGGGACGAAAAUAGGAAAUUUACAAUAUCCGAAUAAAAUUUAGUGGAGUCGGAUUCCGUCUUGCUCAAAUUCCUUCCGUCGGCGGCCGUCAUCCCGUCGCCGGAAGGAACAGCGAUUGAGAAAUCUCCGGCGGAUCGGAAGAAUGAUAACUCGAUCGAAUUUGGCGGAGCAGCUAAGAGAGUAUCAAAUUCGAUCAAAGCAUGAUUGGGCUUCCCUAUCUUUCUUCUCCUCCACAUCUAAUCUCACUUCUACAGCUACAAGGGCGGAUGUUGUCAUCUUUGUAAUAUGUGAACUGAUUAUUUUGGCACUCCUGGUUUUCUCUGUAGUUUCGCUGUACUUCAGUCAUCUAAAGCUUGCAUUUAUCUUAGUAACUGGCAGCUUGCUAUUGCAUGUAUGCGUGACACUUGCAAAGCAAGUUACAGAAGCCAGGAUGAAGAAGCGAAGAAUGCUUCUUCCAUUAUCAAUGUAGAAGUGUGCGAAUGGAGAUUCGUUUUGCUCCCCUUUUUCUUUUCUGAAUUCCUUUUUGACACAAGUAAUUGAAGUAGAGGUAAGCUGAUCAAAUGGUGCAAAAUUUGAGAUUGUGUGACAUUAGAGAUGCUAUUUUGGAUACGUACAUCAUAGGUGUUUGGGCUUGUUGAUAAAGCUUCAUGUCACUUUAGCUUUAAGUCUUACAGUGUAAUUGUCUUGUACCUUCAUACUAUAUUUAUCUCUAUUCAGUCACCAAAUUGUAUCGGUUUAGCUCUACCGAGAUGCAACGCGAUAAAUAUGGGAAAAAAGACAAGUACUAAAUAGAGAAGAGCAAUAAAUAAGAAUAACAUAGUCAAUUUAGCAUGCAGUUAAUGUUUUUCUGAAAGAGAGUGCAACGCAAAAUGAUGACAACUAUUUAGGAACGGAGUGAGUAGUUAUUCGCUCCAACAUUGUAUUGUAUCAUACUAUAUUGUUUUAACAAAUAUAAUGUUUGGAUUGAUUGCA